AUGAGCCAGCUAUUAGAGUUCCUCCGAACACAUGAUACGGCGUUCAACUUCCGUCUGCAACGACACAGUAAUCCCGAUGGAUACGAAGCAAAUUCGGCAGCAUGGCUGAGCGCCUUAACCGCUGCUGCGAAAGAAGGCCUGAUCCCAAUACAAACCGGAGCACAGCAUGAUCGUUUCAGCCUACAUACCGGAGAAGAGCUGCUCCGAGCAUUACAGACGCAAGAAUAUGGCAGACCAUUGGCACUAGGAUCAGCAAUCGAAGAUGCUGUACGGAAGAAAGAGCUAGUGCCGUUGCAAGAGUUUCUGGACGCGAAGCAGAGUGUGUACACCAAGAGCUGGCUGCCAACACCAUGGCAAGUCAUGAGUUGGAGUUUACGGCAGCUUGGCGUGACUGGUAGAGAAGGCGCAGAGGACAAGCUAGUGACGGGCAACUUUGUGAUGAUGGCGAACGUUGAGGCUGCUGCAAAGGCGGUGAUAAACGAGGCAACAACGAAUGCGACAUCCAAUACUUCACGAAUCUUUUCACGGGACUUGUUUUCGUCGAGCUUUGCACCAACGAUUGGUGCACGUAUAUUGAGCCAAAGAGAUGUCUCGGUACUGCUAACACAUCUCGCUCGGGAUCAUGCCGCAGUAGCUUACGAUACUGCCACUGGUACUGUCAAGUUCAGAGCUGCAUCCGAGACGAGUGUACCGACCAUCGGCCAGGAGGAUGUUACGAUUGCUUCACUACGAACACUAAUAUCCUCCUUGGAACCGCAAGUCCAGCAGCUGAUACAGCAUAUAUCGGAGCUCGAUGCUAAGGUCCGCAAUGCAGUAUCAAGUAAACAAAUGUCUCCCGCCAAGACUGCAUUACGCCAGAAGAAGCUAGCAGAGAGCAAGCUACAGCAGCGAUCCGCCACCCUGGCUCAACUAGAAGAGGUCUACGCCAAAAUCGAGCAAGCUGCAGACCAAGUCGAGAUGGUUCGUGUGAUGGAGGCCUCGAGCCAAGCUCUACGCUCGCUAAACCAGAAGACUGGUGGGGUUGAAAAUGUACAAGAUGUCAUGGAAGGUUUGCAGGAGGAGAUGAUGAACGUAGAUGAGAUUCAGCAGGCAAUCAAUGAGCCGGCUGCUGGUACUAUUGAUGAGGGUGAGGUGGAUGAUGAGCUUGAGGCGCUUGAGAGAGCGGAGAGGGAGAAGGCUGAGGCUGUAGAGUGUGCUGAGAGGGAGAAGAGGGAGGCUGAGGAAGCAGAGCUGACGCAGAAGAGGCUGGCAGAAGUGGUGGACUUUCCAGAUGCCGCGGGGGUGUCUCCCGGUCAAACGAACGAGACAGCCUCUGCGCAGACCGAGCAGCCAGCUGUCCAAGCUGAGUGA